UGUUCGAAUAUAAAUUGUACGUUUAUAUUUUUAGUAUAUGUAUAUAAAUAACUAAAACAAUGAUGCUUGGUAUAUUGAGGUAUUGUGUGACAAUAUACAUAUUGCUACGAGAUUUUCAUAGUUGUCAGCAAUGUGACUGUGCAAGUUCAGACAGUGACAAGUGGAAUAAGUGGGGUGAGUUUUCACCAUGCAACAAUGCAAACUUAUGCGUAACUGGCUUCAUAACAAGACAUCGGGAAUAUAAUAAUAUUUUUUGUUCCCGAUGUAAUAACUGUGACCUAUAUCCAAAUAGUUGUCAAACAAAAGAGUGUGGAAAACUGAAAAACGAUUGUGAACAAACCUGUAAUAGCAGAGAUGGGAGCUGCUCAUGUGACAAAGGAUAUAACUUAGAUGCAGCAAGUGGAAAGUUUUGCCACGAUAUUGAUGAAUGUGCUUUGAACAUUGGCGGCUGUAGUCAGAUAUGCACAAAUACGUUAGGUAGUUACGACUGCCGGUGCCGUGAAGGUUAUUACUUAGAUUCAGAUGGUAAAACAUGCAUCCCCUACCCUUGUCAAGAUCUUGUACUUGCAAAAUGUCCUGCUAAUACUUACAUUGACCACCUUGGAGCUGUUUGUAAUAAUGUUACUGUUUCUUGUCCAAAAGGCAGUUUCUUUAAUCAAAGUUGUCGUUUUCAGUGCCCAUCAGGAUAUGGUUUAGCCACGAUUAAUAGUGUAGCGAAUGAAAAAUUUGGUGAAAGUUUGCAAUCAGUUAAUUUUAACAACGUUGAAUUAGAAAUUAAGUGCAUUUUUAAUGGAUCUGGAAAAUGGGACGUUCAUAGCAGUGUAUAUCAAACCUAUUAUUGUCGUCGAUUUAAAGACCCGCCCAAGAAUUUACAGAUCUCUAAUAGCAGCAUCCUAGAACAUUCCCCUAUUCACAGUAAUGUGGGAUUAUUAUCUGCAGUGUAUCCAUCAACUGUAGUAUUCAGUAUAGAGAGCUCAGAAGGAGUAAACAGCUUUAUAGUAAAUCGAAAUUUCCUACAAAAUUCAAAGGUGUUCACCAUUAAAUCUUUGAGUGAUACUACAAUCGAUGUGAAAAUUAGAGCAACAGAUGCAACUGACCCAAAGUUGAACACAGAAGCUUUGUUUACUAUUAAAAUUUUGAAUGUAAAUGAUCCUCCCAAAGAUAUUGAGAUAUCUUCUUACAUUUUCACCGAUUUAACUCCUGUUGGAAGUGUUAUUGGCAAUCUGUCAGCAAUCGAUUAUGAUAUCCUGCCGCCUGUGAGAUCUUCUACUAUGUUUGUAUGGACCUUGAAAGAUUCUCUAGUAAAUCAACACUUUACCAUAUCGAAUGGCAGUUUGUUAGUACUGACAAAAAAAUUUCCAGAAGGGCCAGACUCUUUUCACAAAGUGUCUAUUGUGUGUACUGAUAAAGACACAAUGCCAGCCUCAACGGUAAAAGAAUUGUUUAUAGAAAGAAAAAACUUGAAUUCACCACCAGUAAAUAUUGUGAUUAACAUAAAACCUGUUUCUGAGAACACACCUACAGGUUCUGUUAUUGGAACAGUCACUGCAACAGACAAUGAUAACGAUACAAUAGUGUUUGAGAACAUAUCGUUAAAUAAAAUUUUCAACUUCGGUAAAACAGACUGUAAGGGCAUUGGAAAUGGUAAAAUGCAGUGUGACGCUGAAAUAGUGUUGAUGCAAAAACUGGACUACGAAACAGCAAACCAGUACGAUUUGGCGUUGAAAGCAACUGAUGCGAAAGGAGAAUACGACGUAAAACGGUUUUUGCUAAAAGUUGUGGAUGUAAACGAACCACCUUAUAACAUCAAGGUUAGACUCAACAAAAUUGACGAGGGUAGUGAAAAAGAUACGUUAGCAGGUGAAUUAGAGGUUCUAGAUGUUGAUGCUGACUCAACACAUAACUGCUCAAUCCUCGACGCACACAGUCCAUUCAAAUUAAGAGCAUUUAACAUUGUUUUAAGGGCUGGUCGGAAGUUAGACCAUGCUAAUCAAAGUGUGUACAAUGUUACUAUAUCCUGCCAAGAUAACGGUUUCAUACCUUUGUCCAUAACCAGAAGUAUUCCCAUCUAUGUAACAGCUUCAUUUUCCUGUCCUAAACAAUUUUAUCGAGUGGCUGGUUUUAAAUGCUUGUGUGUGAAUAGACUGUCUGGUAAAAAUUGCGACCGCAACAUGUCUCUCUGCAGAAAAGAUCAAUGUAAGAAGAACGAAGCCUGUUCCACUUUUAUAUACAGUCCUACAAGAUGUAUUCCAGUAGCCAAUCAGUUACCGGUUUUGUUGAAGCUUUCUUUUGACAAAUAUAAUCAAGAGAAUGAAGAGGAGAACAUGAAGAAAAAUUUGGAGAAUGUAAAUAAUGUUGUGACACGAAAACGGCGAUCAUCGGAAGAAAGGAUAUACAUCGAAGCUGCAGGCGCAACACGCAUUCAAAGUAAAACCUUUUCAUAUUCAUAUGUGAGAUUCUUACCUACUGACGAGAAAGAAAACUUUGCACUUCUUACGGGAGAGAAAUUAUGUCCACGAUUGAAAGACACUUCCAUGCGAUGCCUCACUGAAGAGGAUUGCAAAAUUCUUGUGUCUUUCGGCAUCGUAUGUCCUUACAGCUUCGAUGUUACUACUGACACACGGAAGGAAGUAAAGAAUGACAACGGAGCACCAGCGCCAUGGACGUAUUCUACUCCUGUUGUUUUGAGUGUAGUGAUCGUCCUUAUAGCUGUUGCAUUCGUUUUUUACAGGAGGCACAAAAAAGCAAUGGUUCCCGAAAACAUCAUGGUCAGUAGUCAUUCCAAUCAUGUAAAUUAUUCGCCAGUCUCAAGUGAAAGUCCGGUAAAGAGGCCGUUGAACAACAAUCAAACGAUGAGAGAGAUUGAAGCUUUGAAACAAAAAACUGACAUCACUGUAUUUGACAAUGCCAUCUUCUCUCCUAACCAUCAACCUAGUGUUAAUAUAUUCGAUGUGCCUAAUCCUACAUACCGUGCCCGCUCCGCAACCAAUAAUGCCUACAUUGAAGAUGACAAAUCGGGAGUACCUGAAGAUAAAUCCCAUAUUUAUGCGUCGAUUGGAAAAUCUGGUAAAAACCCGCUGUAUGAAGAAUCGAAUGCAAAAAAGGGUGUAUAUGAUAGUGCAGCUUUGUCUGUUGACACUGACAAAGAGAAAGAUGCUACAGACGAAAAGAUUGAAAGGGUUAAUCCAAGUAACGAGUACACUAGUGUAAAAGAAAUAAAUGUUGGUAAGUGCGACACGGUCGAGCUGAGCAACGAGUAUACUGUCGUGAAAGAAGAAAAUGGUAGUAAGAUGGACACAGUUGAUCUAAACAACGAGUACACUAAUAUAAAAGAGAUAGAUGAUGAAAAAAAGCAAACGCAGAAUUCCGUGCGAUAUGAGCGUCCUAUCUUGAGGGGACCCAGUGUCAAUCAAUUUCGACCUGAUCAAGAGGAAGAAGACAAAACUUUCAAGAAAAAUAAUCUAAACGAAGAAACAAAUUGCUGAAAUAGAGGGAAGCAUUUUUGUUUUUUAAUUUUAAAGUAAAUAUUUUCAUAUCUCUUUUUUUUAUAUACCUUAAAUUAUGUAUAAUCACUGAAAACAAGAAGCUUAUCUGAAUAAGAGCUUAUCUGAACUAGAAUGAGUCAUUACAAAUCUGGUCUAUGAAUUAAAUAUUUCCAUUUGUAUAUAACAAUGUAUAUAAUUUUUUUUACAGUAUAUAAAAGUCAACAAACAGCAAACAAUUUUCACUAUUGCAAAAUGACGAAGAAUAAAGGAUUUUUUGUAUUUAUUUUAUUUUUUUAUACUGAGUUCUGUAUUAAUUUUUUGGUAUUUACUAUUUUUCUUUUUUAGAGUUAUUAUUACACAAUGUUUUUAUAAGCAACUCGUUAAGCUAGUCGGUCGCCUAUGGAGAAAUUCACGGGUUCGACCGUACUUAAUCGGAUUCCGUAUUUCCGCCGUGCGACGUUUUUCUUUUUUUUCACCAAAAUUAUGAGAAUUGGCUAAAUAUAAGAAAGCAAUCAUUAAGCAACUUCAUUUCUAGGUAUUGACUACAAAUGAUCAAAAAUUUAAGUUGCUUAUAACAACAGAUUUACUCGCUAUUUUUACUUUGUAUAAUUAUAUGUUCAGCUCGCUUGUAACGUCAUCAGUUAAAAUUAAAAUUCGCAAAUCCAAAUUUUUUGUCCUUUCACAGAACUGAAACAUUUUCCUGAUCAUAAAAAUAAGUCGCAAAAUGUACUGAACCUAAAAUAGGUCUCACAGAAAUUUUGUAAUAAAAUUAAUUAAAAAUUAUUUAUCUUGUUUAUUUGAAUCUCUUUUUUUGUUUAAAUCCUCCAACAAUUAAAAAAAUCUUCAAAAUAUAAAAAGCUUUGGAAGCUGUAGAUAUCUAUUGAUGUACAAAUUCAAUAAUUAAAAAAGUAACACUGUAUUUGAAACGUAGCACAGAGUCGACUCCUGUAACCUGCACUUGUGUACGUGUAUUUAUAAAAAAAAAUGUUUUAUUUUAUUUGAAACUAUGACUUAGCACAUCAAUUAUAUUUAGAAAGUAAGCAAGCAUCAUGCAUGACUGUUCUCGGUAAGAAAUCGUACAUCGUUUCUAUUGCCGAUAGGAGUUCGUUACACUGUCGGUGAAAGUUCGUACUUUUGUAUUCUCGCAUUGAAUGACGACAUGUAUGAUGCGUAUGGAGAAUGUAGUUUUAUAUAAUUUUCUUAAGUUGUACAUACUAAUUUUAAAAGUAAUAAUGUGUAAUAAUGUA